UGUGAAGGAUCACUUUGGAAGCACUCGGUGUGAGGGACGAGCGCAUGAACCAAUAUGGCGCUCCCCUUUCAAAAGGAGCUGGAGAAAUACAAGAACAUCGAUGAAGAUGAGCUCCUUGGCAAACUGUCAGAGGAGGAACUAAAACAGUUGGAAAAUGUCCUCGAUGACCUUGAUCCUGAGAGUGCAACACUUCCGGCUGGAUUCCGACAGAAGGACCAGACACAGAAAGCAGCCACUGGUCCAUUUGACCGGGAACACCUCCUCAUGUACCUGGAGAAGGAGGCUUUGGAACAGAAAGACCGGGAAGACGUUGUGCCCUUCACUGGAGAAAAGAAAGGGAGAGUCUUUAUCCCCAAAGAAAAGCCUGUAGAAACUCAUAAAGAAGAAAAAGUGACCUUGGACCCAGAACUAGAAGAAGCUCUGGCCAGCGCCUCUGACACUGAACUCUACGACCUGGCAGCUGUCCUUGGAGUCCACAAUUUGCUCAACAAUCCAAAGUUUGAUGAAGAAACAACCAACAGCAAAGGCGGCAAGGGGCCUGUGAGGAAUGUGGUCAAAGGUGAAAAAGUGAAGCCAAUAUUUGAAGAACCACCCAACCCCACGAAUGUGGACGCCAGUCUGCAGCAGAUCAAGGCCAAUGAUCCCAGCCUGCAAGAAGUCAACCUCAACAACAUCAAGAACAUUCCGAUUCCAACCCUGAAGGAAUUCGCGAAGGCCCUGGAGACCAACAGUCACGUGAAAAAGUUUAGCCUGGCUGCCACUCGCAGCAACGACCCCGUGGCCAUGGCUUUUGCAGAUAUGCUGAAAGUAAACAAGACCUUGAAAAGUCUAAACGUAGAGUCCAAUUUUAUCACUGGAACUGGGAUCCUGGCCCUGGUGGAUGCAUUGAGGGAAAAUGACACAUUGACAGAGAUCAAGAUUGACAACCAGAGGCAGCAGCUGGGGACCGCUGUGGAAAUGGAGAUGGCCCAGAUGCUGGAGGAGAAUUCCCGGAUCCUCAAGUUCGGAUACCAGUUCACCAAGCAGGGGCCCCGGACAAGGGUGGCAGCUGCCAUCACCAAGAAUAACGACUUGGUUCGUAAGAAGAGAGUUGAAGCAGACCGAAGGUAAACGUCUGUGAGAAGAUGGAACUUUCCACCAUGCAGCUGGUGACAAGUGGAA